UCGCCGCUGUAACGAACACCUACUCUGUGUCUCGCUAUGAGCGCCCGGGUAGCUCGGGCCGGGUGGGCCUGGGGGUCCUGGGGACGCCGCGCCGCCUCGAGCCACCGGGAGCCACCGCCGAACGUCGUGGACGUGGCGGAGCUGCUGCGGGACGCCAGCUCGGCCGAGGAAGGGGCCCAGGAGGCGGUGGCGCGGCGACCGCCUGCACGCUGCUCAGUGCUGCUCUUCCCCGGCCAGGGCAGCCAGGCGGUCGGCAUGGGUGCCGGCCUGCUCGGCUUCCCGCGCGUGCGCCAGCUCUACGAGGCCGCGCACCGGGUGCUGGGCUAUGAUCUUCUGGAGCUGUGCCUGUACGGGCCACAGGAGGACCUGGACCGCACGGUGCACUGCCAACCCGCCGUCUUCGUGGCCUCGCUGGCCGCCGUGGAGAAGCUACAUCACCUGCAGCCGGCGGCCAUUGAGAACUGUGUUGCUGCAGCUGGAUUCAGUGUGGGGGAGUUUGCGGCCCUGGUGUUUGCUGGAGCCAUGGAGUUUUCUGAAGGUCUAUAUGCGGUGAAGGUCCGAGCUGAAGCUAUGCAGGAAGCAUCUGAAGCUAUCCCUAGUGGGAUGCUGUCCGUCCUUGGCCAGCGUCAGUCCGACUUCUCCUUCGCCUGCAUGGAGGCCCAGGAGCACUGCAAGUCUCUGGGCAUCGAGAACCCAGUGUGCCAGGUGUCCAACUACCUCUUUCCUGACUGCAGGGUCAUCUCAGGACACCUUGAGGCCCUGCAGUUUCUCCGGAGGAAUUCUGCUAAGUAUCACUUCAAGCGCACCAAGAUGUUGCCAGUGAGUGGUGGCUUCCAUACCUGCCUCAUGGAGCCAGCCGUGGAGCCCCUGGUGAAAAUUCUAGGCACGAUUAACAUCAAGAAGCCACUGGUUGCUGUCCACUCCAACGUCAAUGGGCAUAAAUACAUGCAUCCCCAACACAUCCGGAAGCUGCUGGGGCAGCAGGUGAUAUCUCCGGUGAAGUGGGAACAGACGAUGCACUCUAUCUAUGAGCGGAAGAAGGGCACCGAGUUCCCCAGCACCUUUGAGGUAGGCCCAGGGCGGCAUCUGGGAAGCAUCCUCAAGAGCUGCAACAGGCAGGCAUGGAAGUACUACAGCCACGUGGACGUGAUGCAGACCAGUGUGGAUCCUGACCACUGAGGGUCUUGUGUGGAAUGGCCCCAGGAUGAGCCUCUGUACCCACCCUCUUUCCUCAGACUUGAGGACAAUGGUCACUGCAGUGUCAGCUGUGGCUAAGGCUUCCCUCAGAGCAUAGCCCUUGAGUGCCACAUUGUGUGACUCAACCCAUCCCUACACCUGACAAGCUGUCUGGCUGCUGGGGGAAAGAAUUCCCCAGACCACCUGCCCGGCCAGCAUGCUGCUCUGCCUCUGAACCCAACCAAGCCCCUCAGUGAAUCCAGGAAGGGCUAGCCUGGGGCAGCCUUAGACUUGCCCUGUUGGUGCUGUGGACACUGCUUGGCUUCAAACCAGUCCUGGUGCCAGAGGGGCUUCUCAGUCACCUGUGUCAGCUGUUCACCCAGGGCCAAGAUCAUAGCUCCUUUGGCCUUCAAUCUGGCCAGUGGCCUUGGCAGCCACUUUGUCUGCUCCUCACUCGACAGCUGGGAGAUUGAGUACCAUACACUGUACAUAUCCAAGAAGCACAUAUUAAGUGCCUGCUGUAUGCCCUAGAGUGGGUGGUCCCUUGUAGAGGAAACUUGGAGCAUGGUGUAAGGUGUAGGGUGUAUCUGGGCAAGAAGGGUAGCCUGGGACCCUGACUGCCUAGGCCAGCCCCAGUUCAUCCAUGGAGACCCCACCACCACCAAGUUGUUCAUGGGACAGUGGUCACUGAAGAAUCAGCUGUGUAUGGCUUCCCUCACAACCCAGCCUGCUCCACAGCAGGGGUGGAGUGAGGCUCCUGGGAAGACACAUAAUAAAU